CCUCGGUGACGGUGUUCCGUGCGGGAAAAACCCAACUUGUUGACAACUUUGAACGAUUUGUCUCCACCUGCAGAGAUUUGGCCCGGAUUUACACCUUGAAACGGGGAUUUAACUAGUGCAGGGUGCAAACUCACCUUGUGUCUGCCUGCAGGUAUCCCUGACGUCUGGAGAUCAUCAUCAUCAGAGCCCAUGGAGUCACAGGGAGCCGAGUCCCUGCCGUCGGGGUCUGUGCCAGCUGAAGUCUUCAGCUCUAUUCGUGAACGUACAAUUGCAGAGAACAGCAUGGUGGUCCUGCUGCAGGGUCUGCAGGGGGAGGUGACCACGGUGGACAUGAGGAACGAGAGCACGGCACGGGGACGCGUGGUCAGCGUGGACGCCUUCAUGAACAUACGGAUGGAGGAGGUGCUGUACCGGGACUGGCGGGGUCAGCUCACCCAGCUGCAGGACAUGUUUAUCACUGGCAGGAACGUCCGCUACAUUCACAUCCCAGACCACGUGGACAUAAUGAAGACCAUACAGAGCCAGCUGGCCAAAAUCCACAGAGUCCGCAACUUUGCCAGUCAAGGAGGAGGCAGGAAAGAAUACUCCAAGAAAACAAAAUAACUUAUUUUCUUUUCCAAACAAGGACACAAAACUCUGCUGGGUACUGCUUGUGCAAGGUUAUGUCCAAAAAUACUUAGUAGGCCACAAGCUUUUUUUUUUUCUUUUUUUUCAGAUUUGAGGCCAGGCAUCAUUCUAGAUAAACAGUUUUCUAGACACGUCAAGGGAUGAGAGCAAGAAAAACAUUUCAGUUUACACAAAAAUACAUUAUGUUUUUCUGACUUCUCUCUUUUUUGUGGUGAAAUAGUGGAUAACUCCACCUCCACAGUCUGAGAAGGAAAUCAGAAAGAAUCACUCUUUAGUUGAACUGCUCGCAACUUGUGUGCACAUUAAAACCAUGGCCUGUGAUGAGGAGUCACAGUUUGGGAAUAUAGCCUGACAGAUUCUUGAUUUCUUGAGUUUACUGAGUUUAAAAUCCAAAUACUGUACAUUGACUGUCACUCUUUUUUUUCACUUAAACAUAAAACUGGAGCUGCAGAUAAUUAUUUUCAUUAUUAUUAUCUAUUCGUACCGGACAGGCUGAGGUUUCUGAACCACACCAUGAUACAAAAAGAUCAUCAUGAGGCAAAAACAUUAAAAGAGCAAACUUCCUAAAUACAUAAAAACGCUGAUGUGUUUUCUAACAAAUAAAAUAAAAUGUUAGAUACAAAACUGGAAAAAAAAGUUUUGCUGUCUGGUACAAGAUCUGUAAUCAUCUGUCUGGAUAGGUUUGGGGUUUUGGUGUCUCCCUUGUUUUUUUCAAAGUGAAGGAAUGACCGACAGCACCAUGAGCACUUCUCCUGCUCCUGUAAAACGCUAAAAAUCACUGUAUCUACAGAAAAUUUAAUAAUGUGCUGCAGCGAACAAAUACUUUCACACAUCCCAUUCCACUGGUUCAGAAUUCCACUGUUCAGCAAGUCGAUUUACAUCCUUAUUAAAAAGAAAAAUACGUUUUUUUUGCAAGAAAAUGAAACUGAUAGCAUGAGAAACUGAUGAAAAGUAAAAUAAAUUCAUUCUCCUGCCAAAGACCUCUCU